CACACAAGAUUCUGUAUUUCACUUACCGCAUCUUCAUCUCCAUCCUCAACGAAAUCCCAAACGAUGGUGUUCGAAACAUUCGAAGUCGGCACCGUACCAUUCAACUCCGACGGCUGGGGCCCCCCAGACGCAUCCUCCACUUCCUCCACAAGCGUCGCCGCCGCGAAUCUCCUCCCCAACGUCCCCUUAGCUUCCUUCUCCCGCUCAGAGAAACUCGGCCGCGUCGCCGACUGGACUCGCGCCCUCUCCAACCCCUCCGCACGUCCCCCCACCGGAUCCAAAUCAGAUCCCUCCGCGAUCUUCGAUUUCUCCGCCUUCGCCGUCGACGAAGGCUUCGGCCUCGCUAACUCCGCCGGAAACCCCGACGAGGACGCGGCCUUCCGACUCGUCGACGGGAAACCCCCGCCGCGUCCCAAAUUCGGACCGAAAUGGAGGUUUAACCAGUACCAUAACCGUAACCAGCUCCCUCAGCGUAGAGACGAGGAAGUCGAGGCGAAGAAACGCGAGGCUGAGAAGGAUCGCGCUCGUCGCGAUCGUCAUUACAAUAAUAACCGUAACAAUAUCCACCAGCAACGGCGUGAGGCCGCUGCGUUUAAGUCUUCGGUUGAUAUACAACCGGAAUGGAAUAUGCUUGAGCAGAUUCCUUUCUCUAGCUUUUCGAAGCUUUCGUUUACCGUUCAGGAGCCUGAGGAUCUUCUCCUCUGUGGUGGACUUGAGAGUUACGAUCGGAGUUUCGAUCGUAUCACUCCGAAAGCUGAGAGGAGAGUCGAGCGUUUCAAGAAUAGGAGCUUUAAGGUUACGACGAGUGAUGAUUUAGUGAUUAGGAGGUUAGCGAAAGAGGAUAAAGCUACUGUUUUCGCUACUGAUGCUAUCCUUGCUGCGCUUAUGUGUGCUCCUAGGUCGGUUUACUCGUGGGAUCUUGUGAUUCAACGUGUUGGGAAUAAGCUUUUCUUUGAUAAGAGGGAUGGUUCUCCGUUAGAUUUGUUGUCUGUUCACGAGACUUCACAGGAGCCUUUGCCUGAGGGGAAAGAUGAUAUUAACUCUGCUCAUUCUCUUGGCGUGGAGGCUGCUUUCAUCAACCAGAAUUUCGCGCAGCAGGUUUUGGUUAAGAAUGGGAAAAGGGAGACUUAUGAUGAGCCGAUUCCUAAUGCUAAUGAAGGUGAAGAGAAUGCUUCUAUUGCUUAUAGGUAUAGGAGGUGGAAGCUUGAUGAUAGUAUGUAUCUGGUUGCUAGGUGUGAGUUACAGAGCACUGUUGAAUUGAAUAACCAGAAGAGUUUUCUCACUUUGAACGCUCUUAAUGAGUUUGAUCCUAAGUACUCUGGUGUUGAUUGGAGGCAGAAGCUUGAGACUCAGAGAGGUGCGGUUUUAGCUAAUGAGUUGAAGAAUAAUGGUAAUAAGUUGGCGAAGUGGACUGCACAGGCUCUGUUGGCUAAUGCGGAUAUGAUGAAGAUUGGGUUUGUUUCUAGAGUUCAUCCACGUGAUCAUUUUAACCAUGUUAUACUGUCGGUUCUGGGGUAUAAGCCGAAGGAUUUCGCUGGGCAGAUUAAUCUGAACACUAACAACAUGUGGGGAAUUGUGAAGUCGAUUGUUGAUCUGUGUAUGAAGCUGAGUGAAGGGAAGUAUGUUUUGGUGAAGGAUCCGUCCAAGCCUCAAGUCAGGAUUUACGAGGUUCCGGCUGAUGCUUUUGAGAAUGAUUAUGUGGAGGAGCCUCUCCCUGAAGAUGAACAGGUUCAGCCACCUGAGGAGAACAACACUGAAGGAGGAGGAGGAGGAGCAGAGACUAAUGAAGUUGCAGAGGAUAAGAAACCAGAAGGUCAGGCCUGAUUAUGGUAAAUGUCAAAGACUUGUUUUGAGUUUUUUACCUUCUUUUUUUUUUAAUGUUCCAAAGUUGUGCUCUUUUUGAAGAGAGCUGAAACGGUUAAUUUUGCUGGUUUAUGUUUUUAUCUUGUAGAAGAUUGUUGCACCGUUUGAGAGUCUGGUUGUUUGAAUAAGAUAUUGAAUUCCCAAGCUUUUGAAUUUGAUAGUUGUUUUGGUCCAUGUUACACACUGAUCCAGGCCGGAUUUUCACUAAGUGAUGUCGUUUGGAGUUAAAGUGUUAUAAAUUGGCCUGUGUAAGAAUGUUUCGCUACUGCAGAAAUAGCUGAGAAAUUGAUAUUGGC